UGGUGAGUUCGCUCGGGUCCGAUCGAGUGGCUCGCGUUUGAUUUUUUAAUCGAGCUGCCUCGCGCCCCAGGGACACCGCGGCUCGCGCUCGAAUCUCCCGGAACCGGGGACUCGUGUCAACUCGUGUCAGCCUGUCAGGAGGAUGUCGAACGUGGGCAAUUUGGAGCAGCAGAUCGCGAGCCUGCAGAUCGGCGAUGAGGCCGCCAAGGGUACCGUCAAGCCCGGCAAGAAAGUUGGGCCCGCGGUGCCGCCGAAGCCGAAAAAGUCGCAGCCCCAGAAACAUAUCAAUUCUACUGAGAUCAAUUUACUUUCUCUUUCUUCUGAUACCGCAAAGUUACACCAUAAAGAGUCCAUCCGUCCCAUCGUACAGCACGGUCCUCAACAACACGUCGACAAGCGACAAGAGCCCGAAUUUGUACAUGAACGCGCCCUCGCCAUACGUCCCGUUGGACAUAAAGAAUGACUUUUCGCAGAUGGCACCCGCGAAUGGAGGCAAGGAGGCGUCGAAGAUUUACCAAAACGACAAUCUGUAUGUGCACCAACCGGAGGAAAAGUUCGAGCCAAAGUACAGAUACGACGAGAAGAAUUAUUAUUCCAAUAUCGGGAACAUGCCGGCGCCCCAGGUACCUGUCGUGACGGACAAUCGCGCGAAUAGGGCAUGCACGAAUGCGGUCUACAGCAACAUAGAACCGCCGGUGCCCACAGUGGGCGCAUAUGAAUAUCCGUACGAGAUGAAUAAGGAAAUCAUAUACAGUAACAUUCAGUGGAAUCCUAAAACGGAAAACACAUACUGCAACGUUCCUGCCGCACACGGAGCUGAUGAUUUGCCACCACCACCGGAACCGUCAGAGUAUGUUUCCUGCAUACCUGGAAAUUCAUUUCCACCGCCGCCUGACGAGCUGCCUCCACCACCGAGUCCCGUCUCAUCUAGUUACAGCGAACUGAGACGUGCCACUUACCAAACUGAUUUUCCAUCGGGCAAUUAUCCAGCUGAUAUUUACGGUCCGAGUUCUCAGUCCAGCUCGACAUACGAAUCUAUAUACGAGCCUAUUAAUCCCAGACCACCGUCGCAAUUAUCGUGUAACUAUUCCAUGUACUCCGGAUACGGAUCGGCUACAUCUACUCAACCACAAGGCAAGGUGUCUCCCGUUAAAGAAGUUGACGUUCUUACGGAUCUGUUGGUUCAAGGGAUGGAAGAUAAUAAUGAAGACAGCGAUAUAUAUGGCAUUUGCGCGCAAUGCGGGCGCAAAGUUGAGGGAGAAGGAACGGGAUGUUCGGCAAUGGAUAAGGUCUUUCAUAUAAGUUGCUUCUGCUGUUUCGUAUGCAAGGUUAAUCUACAGGGAAAACCCUUCUAUUCACUCGAAGGCAAGCCCUAUUGCGAGAAGGAUUAUCUCAAUACUCUGGAAAAGUGCUGCGUUUGUACUAGACCGAUACUGGAUCGGAUAUUGAGAGCUACUGGCAAACCAUAUCAUCCUUCAUGUUUCACCUGUGUCGUCUGCGGACAGAGUCUAGAUGGUAUACCGUUCACCGUGGACGCUACAAAUCAAAUACACUGCAUUCAGUGUUUCCAUAAGAAAUUCGCUCCACGUUGUUGUGUUUGCAAACUUCCUAUAAUGCCCGAGCCUGGUCAAGACGAGACUAUACGAGUGGUAGCUCUAGAUCGCAGUUUCCACAUUCAAUGCUACAAGUGCGAGGAUUGUGGAUUAGUACUGUCAUCCGAUUCAGAAGGACAUGGCUGCUAUCCUCUGGACGAUCACAUCUUGUGCAAGAGUUGCAACGCCACUCGCGUCCAAGCCUUAACGUCUCAUAUGACGACCGAAUUAUAAACUAUCGGGAUCGACAGGUUUAUACAAUUUGCACUGUGAAACUUCGCGAGUAUAGAAGAAAUUUUAAAUCAAGUAUUGUUGUGAUUAACUGUGUAGCGCUAUAUGUACUGCUAUAUACACGGUAUUAUAGAUUCUUUUUGCAUACCGUUUUUUCCAUUCCGCUAUUCACAUCUCGUGUUCAAAACCGACAUUUGUUAUUCUAUUAUAUCACAACGAAGAAACAUUUUUUAAAUACUUUUAGCAGAAGGAAAUUUAUACUGCCCAUGAUACUUUUUUACAAUUUUACACGAAAAGAAAAUUAUUAACAAUUAUUUGUAUCUUACUAAUCUUUAACAGUUAUAAAAUCAAUACAUUACAAUUCCGCUACUGCCAUAGCCGAAGCAUUCUCUUAGUAAGUUAUGGAAUAAUGUUCCGAAUUAUAGUAGAUAUAAGCUCGACGUUCGAGGUAACCUUCCUGCAGAUGUGAUUAUCAUUGUGAUUCUAGUAAAGUAUUCAAUGUAUCGUAAAGUAUUUAACGCGUAGUUGUCGACAAAGGAAUACCGCUUCGAUUCAUUUAUUUAGAGAUAGACAACUUAGAUUCGGGGAGUAGAGAAUUAUUAUUGACAAUAUCGGUAUAUUAUUGCAAGAGAAAGCGUGCCAUUUUUUUCUUGUAAACGUAUCUGUUAAAAUCGAGAUCUUGCGAGAUUAUAGAAAGAAAAAGACGGACGCUCAAUCCCAAAUACCUUGCGAUUCAAUCAAUUUCCCGAACUCUUUCGCAUGGGUAAAAUAUUACAUCGAGGAGAGACUUAUAUGAUCUCUGUAUUAUAGUAUCAAUAAAAAUACAGUUUGUUAUUUA